CCAUGGAGCGAGGCGAUCGCGUCCUCGAUUGAGCUCUCGGGCGCUUCGUCACCUAGAAGCAGAGGAAGGGGGAGAGGGAGAGGGAGAGGGAGAUCUCGAUUUGAUCAGGUUCGUGUUGGUUUGGUGGGGAGGGGUUGGGUGGAUGGCGAGGGAGGAGGAUGCGGCGACGGAGAGCUGCAACAGCAGGGCGGAGAAGGCCACCGCGGCGGCGCUGCAGCCGCCGCGGCAGCAGCAGCAGCAGCAGCAGCAGCAGCGGUACAAGCUCGAGGUGUACAAGCAGGUGCUCCGCCGCCUUCGCGAGGCCAAUGUGGCUGAGGCGCUCUCCCCGUCCUUCGAUGACGAGCUCUGGGCUCACUUCAAUCGCCUCCCUGCUCGGUACGCAAUGGAUGUGAAUGUUGAGAGGGCAGAGGAUGUUUUGAUGCAUAAGAGAUUGCUCGAGGAGGCCCGCGAUCCCUACAAUCGGCCUGCGUUCUCCGUGCGAGUAGUUCAGGUAUCUCCGAUCCAAGAUGGAAAUCAGGCUGACUCAGCUAAUUCCCAUACAGCUGGCAAAGAAGUUGCAUCUAGUUAUUUUAAUAGGCAUAGUGUUCAUCCUCCUCCUGCCUUUGGUUCAUCUCCAAAUCUUGAGGCCCUUGCCCUUGAAGCAUGCAAGUCUCAUGCUCAAGAAAAUGAUAGUGUUGCAGAUACUGUUCAAUGCUUUGCCAGGCCCAUGCAUGAAAUAACAUUUUCAGCAGAUGACAAGCCAAAGCUUCUUAGUCAGCUUACUUCUGUACUUGGUGAGCUCGGCCUGAACAUUCAAGAAGCACAUGCAUUUUCAACAAAUGAUGGCUACUCGUUAGAUGUCUUUGUUGUUGUUGGCUGGCAUCAUGAGGAGACAGAGCAGCUUAAGGAAGCAUUGAAGGCGGAGAUUGACAAGAUCGAGACACAAUCAUUGUCUAUGUCUAGCUCAUGGUCACCUACAAUGGAAAAUAUGCAAGUGGAGGAGAAUUUACCAUCUAACCAUGUAGAAAUACCUACAGAUGGGACUGAUGUAUGGGAAAUUGAUAUUGGACUGCUACAGUUUGGAAACAAAGUGGCAUCGGGUUCAUAUGGUGAUCUGUAUCGUGGUACAUACUGUAGUCAAGAUGUUGCUAUUAAAGUACUCAAACCUGAGCGCAUAAAUGUUGAUAUGCAGCGUGAGUUUGCUCAGGAAGUUUAUAUUAUGAGGAAGGUCCGCCACAAGAAUGUCGUGCAGUUUAUUGGCGCAUGUACUAAACCUCCAAGCUUAUGUAUUGUCACAGAGUUUAUGUCAGGGGGAAGUGUAUACGACUACCUCCAUAAACAUAAAGGUGUUUUCAAACUUCCAGCUUUACUCCGAGUUGCAAUUGAUGUGUCAAAGGGAAUGAACUACUUGCACCAGAAUAAUAUUAUCCACCGAGACUUGAAGGCUGCCAAUCUUCUUAUGGAUGAAAAUGAGGUUGUUAAAGUUGCUGAUUUUGGUGUUGCACGUGUUAAAGCUCAGUCUGGAGUUAUGACUGCAGAAACUGGGACAUACCGUUGGAUGGCCCCUGAGGUCAUCGAACAUAAGCCCUAUGAUCAGAAAGCUGAUGUAUUUAGCUUUGGAAUUUUGCUAUGGGAGCUGCUUACAGGGAAGAUUCCGUAUGAGUACCUAACACCAUUACAAGCAGCUGUAGGUGUGGUUCAAAAGGGUCUGAGACCUACAAUCCCGAAGAAUACCCAUCCUAAGCUUAUUGAGCUUCUUGAGAGAUGUUGGCAACAAGACCCGACUCAAAGGCCGGACUUUUCUGAAAUACUAGAGACUCUUCAGCAUCUAGCCAAGGAGGUCGGAGAUGAGCCUGCGGAACGCCGCAAGGAAAAAUCAUCGGGUGGGUUUCUUUCUGUUCUGAGGAGAGGACAUUGAGGUGGAAAUGUGCCCUACGACAAAUUUGUAUCUGUAAGUGGAUACAUGGGAAGGAGUCAUUGAGGUAUAUGGAGCGCAUAGAAUCGCUUAACAAAGACUUUACCGGUUCCGCGAAAAUAUAGAUGGCGGUCGGCCAGAGUAUAUCUCCGUCAGCGGCAAAUUUUAAUCAUGUAAUCCGUAAGUUGUACAGUUCUUAUCUUGUGGUCUUCUUCCUCAUUCGCAAAUAUUUUCGGCUGUAAUUCUUUUUACAUCGUAUUUUACUCUUUUACCAUUUUGUUUUUUCCAAGCCAUUAAGAUACUGUUGUGCGUGCUAUGUAAUGUAGGAAAAGAUUUAUUUUGUACAAACAGUGCAUGAAUCCUUUAUCGAUUUUUCUUUACCGAGUUAUUCAAGCCUAUUCAGUCGUUCA